GAAUUGAUUGUUGUAUUUCAAAAAGCCUGCAUUGUCAUCUUGUAAUCAUUUUGUUCUACUUCGAAUUUUGUUUAGUAUUUGAAUUAUUGAUAUUAUUUAUAAAAAUCCAUUUGAACAACACAAAAAAAAUGACCCGCUCAUUUCUUUUUGGAGGAGCAUCGUCUUCUCAAUCUCAGAAUAAAUACUUGGUGGAAUUUAGAGCAGGUAAAAUGACUAUGAAGAAUAUGAUAGUAAGUGCUGACAAAAGAAAAGGUCUAGUUUUUGUUUAUCAAACAGAUGAUUCUUUGAUGCAUUUUUGCUGGAAAGAUCGUACGACUGGUAUUGUAGAAGAUGAUCUAAUCAUAUUUCCGGAUGAUGUUGUUUUCAAGAGAGUUCCAGAAUGCACAACUGGAAGAGUCUUUGUUCUAAAAUUCAAAUCAUCUUCCAGAAGAUGUUUUUAUUGGCUUCAGGAACCUAAAACUGAUCGGGAUAAUGAAUUUUGUUGUAAAGUCAAUCAGUAUCUGAAUAAUCCUCCAGUUGGAUCUGCACGAAGUGGAACUAGUGGUUCUCUUGGUGGUUCUUCAACGCCUUCUCAAAGUGGUGGAGGGCUGCAAUCUGAAUUGAGCACUUUGGGAGAUGGAGAUCUGCAAAAUCUUCUCAACAAUAUGAGUCAGUCACAAUUGAUUCAGUUAUUGGGAGGUGUUGGAGGAAUAGGGCAGAUGUCAAGCCUGAGUAGUCUUCUUGGUGCCAGUAGACCUUCUAGUGGUCAGUCGGCAUCAUCAAGCUCAGAGUCAACACAUAGUAUUGUAGAAACGACUCAGCCUUCAAGAACUACAACUAGCACAACUACAACUAGCCAAUCAACUGCUGCAACUCCUACUCCUACUCCUACUCCUGCUCCUGCUUCUGCUUCGGCUUCUGCUUCUGCUUCAACUACUUCAAGUUCUUCAAUUCAACUGAGUGACUUGCAAAAUAUUUUGUCUGGACUUACUUUACCUCCACAAGGUGAAAAUCAAGCCCAAAAGCCAUCAGUUGACUUAUCAUCUGCUAUAACUGCUGAAGCUUUACAACCUCUUUUCAACAAUCAAGAAUUAAUGGAGAGAGUAAGAAGUCUUCUCCCACAAUCCUCAGAAAGUGCCACUCCAGUACCUAGCGACCAGCUUCGGUCUACUGUGCAAUCUCCUCAAUUUCAACAGGCUCUUGGAAUGUUUAGUGCUGCUUUGCAAUCUGGACAAUUAGGCCCAUUGAUGCAACAAUUUGGUAUGUCAAGUGAUGUAGUAAAUGCAGCAAACUCUGGUGAUAUGGAUGCUUUUGUGAGAGCCUUGCAAAGUUCUAAAGAGAAUCCAUCUGAAAGUAGUAAAGAUAAGAAGGAUCAAGACAAAGAUGAAGACAUGGCUUUAGAUUAAAAAUAUAUACAUUUAAAAAAUGGCUUGGCUUUUGACUUUUCAUUAUUAUUUGGAAUUAUGUAAAAGUGUCCUGUUUUCACUGAUCUGAGUAAAAUUCUUUAGAUAUAACUGUAGUACUAAAUAAAAUGGAUUUGAUUGCG